UUGGGGUCCUUCAGAGAUUCAGUCAGGCAGAUCUUGGGGCAGCCCCGGACCGGUUGUCACGUCAUCAGUUCCGAGUUAUGGACCAGCGUGGAAGAACUGUGUAUCACUGUGACUGAAAAUUCAAUAAAACUCAAUAAAAGUGUGAACAUGGCGAAGCUGCUGUAUUUCCUCUCCCUGUGUGUUCUGCUGGCCUUGACCGUGGCAGUGCAAGGAGCCAGGCAGAGUCAGGACAUCAAGUGUGGAGCAUGCAGAGCGUUGGUGGAUGAGAUGGAAUGGGCCAUAGCACAGGUAGACCCCAAGAAAAUGAUCAAAACCGGUUCGUUCAGGAUCAAUCCCGAUGGCAGCCAAUCGACUAAAGACGUUCCGUUUGCGCGUUCAGAAGGCCAUCUCCUCGAGCUGAUGGAGAGGGUGUGUGAGAAGAUGAAGGAUUACGGCGAAACCUUGGAUUCUGCUACAAAUCGUAACGUGUACGUGAGGUUCAUGGCACGCGAAGGCACGUCCCCGGACAUUUCUAACGUCUCCUACGACUCGAGAGUCACGGCCGACUUAAAGUUCGCAUGUGAAGCGAUCGUGGAGCAGCACGAGGACGAAAUUAUCGAAUUCUUCUCUCAUGAGACGGACAACGUUAAAGACAAACUCUGCAGCAAGAGAACAGAUCUGUGUGACCACGCGCUGAAGAUACCUCACGAUGAGCUUUAACAUCGACAUCACAGGCAUUCAUAUUCUAACAUCACGUCACGUGCAGUGGGAUUAGAUUUGAACUUUUAGCACGGAUUAAACGGAGACGUUUCAGAUUUAUUUCAAACAGGCUUCAGAUGUACAUUUGAUGAAUCUGGUUUUGUGCAGAUUGUGUGUGUGUGUGUGUGUGUGUGUGUUCGGGUUCAGCCUUCAGCGCUGUAAACACACGGCUCACACUGAUGCUCGUCUAAUCAUGAUGCUGAAACUGCCUCAAGAGGAACAUGUGACCAUCCACACACAGUUUACCGCUUUGUGUGUGUGUGUGUAUCAUGAGCCACGAAGCCAUCCUGAGGAAUUACUCCCAUCUGAUCGAUGUUCUUUCUCUCCACUUGUCUAACAGCAUUAAAAUAUGCAUCAUAUGCAGGAUGUAAAACUCUUGUUUAGAUCUAUUUUAUUUUUAUUCCCUGUUAUUUAACGUCACAUGCGUCUCUGUGCCUGUUUGUGACUUUUCUCCGUCCAGAGAUCCAGAUUUUGUACAACUUAACGCUCUUGUGUUUCCUGUGUGACGUUUUUGUCACUUGUCUGUCUUUUUUUUUGAUAAACAUGUUUUCACAA